AUGGCUCUUCUUCCAGGGGUCAUUUGUGCAGAUGAUGAAUGUGGCAUGUGCUUGAAGUUUUAGGAAACUGUGACCUUCAAGGACGUGGCUGUGGUCUUCACCGCGGAAGAGCUGGCGCUAUUGGACUCCACCCAGAUAAACCUGUACCAAGACGUGAUGCUGGAGAACUUCAGGAACCUGGUCUCUGUGGGAGACAGGAUUAAAAACAACAUUUCGAACCUUCAGGAAAAAGGGUUGAGUUACCUCUCACCAGAAGUGCUCUACUUUUGGCAGAUUUGGAAACGAAGGAUCAGUGAAUUGAGUGUGAGUCAGGAUUAUGUCAUGCAUCUUCAAGGAGAUUGUCCCCAAUAUUUAGAAGGAGAUGUUUCCCUCUGUGAAGAGUGGGCAAAAGUGUCUGAAAAUGAAGGGUAUGUAAUACAUGCCAUUAAUUUAGAAAACCAAGACAUCACAGCUCGGAAAGGCCUGGCACAGGUCCUUACCCCAGAAUCUUGGAAGAAAGCCAACAUAAUGAUUGAGCCUGAGAAUUCUCAGGGAAGGUACAAGAGAAUUCAUAUGGAAGAGAAAUUGGAUGGAUGUGCUCAGUGUGAUGACAGCUUCUUUCAGACCUCACGUGAUUGUAAUGAUUUCCAAGAAUGUAGAGGAGAGGAACCUUACAGAUACACCGGCUGUGGGAAACAUUUGGUUAUGAAGUCAGCAGUCAAACACAGUCACGUGGUCUAUGCAGUGCGGCAACCUUUCAGGUGUAAUAACUAUAGAAUGGGUUUCAUAGAUGAUGCAAAUGCUCAUGUUCAUCACAGCACUCACGCAGGAGAAAAAUCUUGUAAAUAUGACCAGUGUGGAAAGGACUUUAGUCAGAGCUCAGGACUUACUGUUCACUAUAACACCCACUCAGGGGAGAAAACUUGUGAGGGUCAGGAGUGGGCUAAGGGCUGCAAACAGAGCUCAGACCUUCCCAGGAAUCAGAAAGGCCCCUUGGGAGACAAACCCUAUAAAGGCAUUGAAUGUGGCAAGCGCAGUUCUUCUCUUCACAACCAUCACCGAGUCCACACGGGGGAGAUGCCCUACACGUGUGACAUGUGUGGGAAGGGGUUCGGAUUCAGGUCGCUUCUGUGUAUCCACCAGGGAGUCCACACAGGGAAAAGGCCCUAUAAUUGCACAGAGUGUGGGAAGAGCUUCGAUCAGAGCUCCAGACUUCUUGUCCAUCAGAGGGUCCACACUGGAGAGAACUACAAAUGCAGCAAGUGCAGCAAAUGCUUCGGCUCCAGCUCCGUCCUCCAAGUCCACUGGAGGCUGCACGUGGGGGAGAAGCCUUAUAGGUGUGGCAAGUGUGGAAAGGGCUUCAGCCAAAGCACACACCUGCACAUUCACCAGAUCCACACAGGGGAGAAACCCUACAAAUGUGACGUGUGCAGGAAGGCUUUCUCCUACAGCUCGUUUCUGCGCACUCACCGGAGAGUUCACACGGGAGAAAAGCCUUACAUGUGCCAAGUGUGCGGUAAGGACUUCAGUUACAGCUCCUAUUUUCACUUACAUCAGAGAGAUCACACCCGAGAGAAACCGCAUGCAUGUGAUGAGUGUGGGAAGGUCUUCACUCGGAACUCCGAUCUUCACACUCAUCUCAGAGUCCGCACAGGAGAGAGGCCCUGUAAGUGUAAAGAAUGCGGGAAGGGCCUCGGUCGUAACUCUUAUCCUCUUGCCCGUCAGACAGCACAUGGGGAUGAGAUGGACCAUGCAUGUCGUGAGCCUGGCAAGGCUCAGGAAAUAUGUAGCUCAGACCUUCGUACUCAGCCAAGACUGCACAAGAGAACAGAAACAUUAUAAAUGUAGUCAGUCUGUUCAAUCAGGAAAACAGAAGCCACUUAUGUGUUCCAGAUGACAGAGGCUUACUCAGCCAUUGGGAGGGCCGGGGGGAGCAAAGGACAGGGACAUGACGAGCCGUGAGGUCAGCUGGCAGCA